UAAUGACGACAGCUAACUUCAGUGCGCAUGCGACGCCCUUGCUCGUCUGUGGAAGAUGGCUGCGCUCGUGGGAAUCCGUGCAUGCUUGUCCGCCCUCCAGGCGUCCACUCCUGGUCUCCUACACAACUCUUACAAAUUGUGUGCGGUGCCCGCGUUACAGAGAGGGUUUGCUGCUGAGGCCAAGAAAGUUUUCUCCAGAGACAAGCCCCACGUCAACAUCGGGACCAUUGGCCACGUAGACCAUGGCAAGACCACGCUAACUGCUGCCAUCACCAAAGUGUUGGCCGGCGCUGGAGGAGCUAGCUUUAAGGCGUAUGAGGAUAUCGAUAACGCCCCUGAGGAGAAGGCCAGAGGCAUCACCAUCAACGCCUCCCACGUGGAGUACGCCACCGCCAACCGCCACUACGCCCACACAGACUGCCCCGGACAUGCCGACUACGUCAAGAACAUGAUCACGGGCACGUCCCAGCUGGACGGCUGCAUCCUGGUGGUGGCGGCCACGGACGGUCAGAUGCCGCAGACGCGCGAGCACCUGCUGCUGGCGCGGCAGAUCGGCGUGGAGCACGUGGUGGUGUUUGUCAACAAGGCCGACGCCGUGGACGACAAGGAGAUGCUGGACCUGGUGGAGCUGGAGAUCCGUGAGCUGCUCACCGAGUUCGGCUACGACGGCGAGAACACGCCCGUUAUCAUCGGCUCUGCACUCUGCGCACUGGAGAAUAAGCAGCCAGAGCUGGGUGUGGAUGCGGUGCUGAAGCUGCUGGAGGCUGUGGACUCGUACGUGCCGCUGCCCAAGAGAGAGCUGGACAAGCCAUUCCUACUCCCUGUAGAGGGAAUCUACUCCAUCCCAGGUCGCGGCACUGUGGUGGUCGGCACGUUAGAGAGAGGGGUCAUCAAGAAAGGCGACGAGUGUGAGUUUGUCGGACACAACAGGAACGCGAAAUCUGUUGUUACUGGCAUAGAGAUGUUCCACCAGUCUCUGGACCGUGCGGAGGCGGGCGACAACCUGGGUGCUCUGGUGAGAGGCCUGAAGAGGGAGGACGUCAGGAGGGGCAUGGUCAUGAGCAAGCCCGGCUCCAUCCAGCCACACCAGAAGAUCCAGGCACAGGUGUACAUUCUCAGUAAGGAGGAGGGUGGAAGACACAAGCCCUUCAUCUCAAAUUUCAUGCCGGUGAUGUUCUCCCUGACCUGGGAUAUGGCAUGCCGAGUCUCCCUGCCUUCUGGCAAGGAGAUGGUGAUGCCUGGCGAGGACGCCUCCCUGAUCCUGACCCUCAGGCAGCCCAUGGUGCUGGAGAAGGGCCAGCGCUUCACCCUCCGCGACGGCAACAAGACCAUCGGCACCGGCCUGGUCACCGACAUCAUGACCAUGACAGAUGAGGACCACGCCAACUUCGGUUGAGUCCACACGGCAGACGGGCGUUGGGACUGGGAUGGGUGGGUGGGUGUACGGUUCUGGGUUGGAGGGGGUGGGGUGGGUUGUGCAUCAGGUCAUUGGCAGUGAAUGGACUGGACAGGAUUGGACUAGAUGGGUCGAUGGAGUGGGAAUGGGCUUGGCAAAAUGCACGAGAAAUAUCAAAAUAAAACUACGGUAUGUACUUGCAAUCCACAAAAACUAUGUACUUACAAAAUCGUCUCUACAGCAACUGCUUUUGUUCAUAUUAUGAAAUCUGUUUUCUUUAUGUUUUUUGUUAUGGAAGGGGAUGUGAUGGCUCUGGUUUAUGUGAUAAAAC